CUUCCCCCUUCAGCUGUUCGCUCUUACGACGUGUCGUGAAAAAUCAGUCCACAGCUAAACCGAGAUGGGCACCGCCAAAGACGCCUGACAGUUUCCCCUCUUAAUCCCCGGCUGUCAUCUUAAACGUUAAUGUAGUGGUGCUAAGUUCCAGCGCACGCGACCGGUUGUGAGGAUGGAGGCCAUGGAAGAUGAUAGUCUGGAGAGAAAAGACGACCAUAACCACAACUACUGUGCGAGCAGCAGCCGAGGCGGUAGCAGCAGCAGUACUACUAGUAGUAGUAGUACUACUACUAAAGCCCGCACGUAUCCGAGGAGCCAGCUCUCCGAUGUGACCGGUCCGCCGGUGCCCGGUGGUGAACCCGCCACCCGACGACGGAAACGGUUGCCCGGCAGCACCGGGUCAAAGUUCAUGGACUCGGAUUCGGGUAGUGAGAGCAGCGAAGUCAGCGAGACUGACUCCACGGUUCCGCCCGCCGCCGCCGCGCAGGGGAAAUUCAGCCUCGAUUCCACCUCCAAGUUCCUUCUCAAUGCAAUGGCCGUGGAGGACUACCGCAAGAACCACUGGCCGAACCUGGAGAAGGCGAUCGACCGUCUGUUGAUUCAGAAUCCCACGGACCACAUCUCCGUUUCCUACUCGCAGAUAUACAGUUACGUCUAUAAGUGUGUUUGUCAGCAGCAUUCUGAGCUGCUCUACAACGAUUUGACCACGAAGAUAACAAAUCAUCUGCAGCAGGUUUCUACUCGUCUACAAGCCAGCCCACCUGAGGACUUCAUUGAGAACUUUAAUGUUGUGCUGACGCAAUACACUGCCUCUCUUCAAUGUAUAGUUCCUGUAUUCAUGUACUUGAACAAGUUCUACAUUGAGUCCAAGCUGAACAGAGACCUGAGAGAGGAUCUGAUGAAGCUGUUUGCCAAUCAUGUAGCAGAAAUACACGUGGACACACUUAUGCCUCUCCUCCUCAAGGCGCAUUCCAUGCCGUUCCAAGUGCAGCCAUCCACAAUGGCCAGUGUGGUCAAAGGCCUCCACAGCCUGCGACCGGACUGGGCCCAGCGGGCCCCGGCUCUCUUCUCUGGCUUUAUUCCCCAAAUAAACCCUCCCACUGUGGAGUCCCUGCUGCCUGACUACGCUGCUCACGACCAGAAGUUACAGCUGGAGCUCUCCAUGAACGGAUUUCCGCGAGGGGACCAGUCUCGUAAAAGAGCGAGCGACGACCCCUGAGAGCGGAGCGGCCGUCCACAGAUCGCUCACUGUGCCUCCUACAUUUUUUUAUCACAAGGGCUCUGGAGGCUCACUGGACCAGCCACCAUGUCGACGAUGCGUCGCUUACAUCUCCUGACCCGCAUGUUGUUGCAAAACACUGUGAACAAAAAAAAAAGAGAACACAAUGUUGAGUUGUACAGCAGAAGGUCGAUUAUGGCACUGAAAAGGGAAGCACACAGACUUCCGUGGUGAUGCCUUCCUCUGAGAUUCUGAUGCAUCCAGCUGCAGUAUUUGUGCGUGCUGAGAUAGUGUCUCCACGUUCUCCUCAUUUGAAGAGUGCCUUCGUGGUGCCUUCUGAUCGUAUGUCCAUGGAUAAGCUGAUAGGUAUUUCAUUCCAAACCUUUAACAUGGAAGUGUCUUUUUUGAUAUACUGGGCUUUUCAAGACUUUCUAUUGCUGCUAAUAACAAUGUACAAGUGAUUAACCUACAAACCCCCUCAGUUUCACCCUCUGUGUCUGCACCCACUGGCUUGGCUCAACACAAAUGAGUGUGAAGAGACGGAACUCAACUCAAAGUCUCAUCUUCGUGUUGCCUUUAUUGUGUUGGUGAACCGGAUUGUAUUUUCCUGUUACGCCAAAAAGGAUUUUCAUUUUUUUUUUUUUCAAUAUCUAAUGCAUUUGAUUCCUGCGGACAUUCUUAAUGUCGCACACCGCCUGAGCAAUUUGAUUCUUUUUUUUUUUUUUAACCUACGAGGUUUGAGCUGCCAUUGGUUUGUUUGUUUGACUUGAAUGAGAUUCUAACUUUUGAUUUCCCGUGUCUGUUUGAGCCUUGCAUGUGUGAUUGGCAGGGAUUGCCUCAUAGGACGUUAAACUCCGCAGAGCGGCGUUUGACAAUUUCUAAAUCUUACUUCAGGUGUGUUUGACAACUUGCCUAAGUCGUCCCUAAACUGUAAAUAUAUCAAAGUUGAUGCUUGGAUUCAUGGAGUUUACAGAACUGAUGAUAUGCAAAUAUUGUUUGGGCCACGUCUGGCGUGCUGGGGCGCUACAUGCUGCUAACGCCUUGCAGCCUGUUCCUGAUGUAGAUUGCUUUUGGUCUUUUCACAGUGGUCAGUGUGAACUCUUUUGUUAAAUGAUUCACUGGAACAGAAAUAUUUGAUACACGGUCUUACACUGUUUUAAGUGUAAAUAGAUGCUACACAAGGCUUACUUUGGUUUCCGUCUGGGUUUUCAUUGUCUUUUCAAUAAAAUAAUUUCCUUAAUCAUCGGUAUGCGGAGGUGUUUUUUUGUUUUUCGGUGUUUAAUAUUUUAAACCUGGGGUUUUAACAAAUCUUGUUCUCCUGAGUAAGAAUACAUUACGAUAAAAAUUAGAAGCAAGUCUGAAUUGUUGCCGAUGUCAAACGUUGUUGUUCUGGUAGUACUAUGUUACUUGUUCACUUUCCAUCUAAACAUGCUGCAACAAAUACCCAUAUUGAAACAACUAAAGAACUGUGAAUAAACUUUUUUUUACGCAACA